AUGGCCCAUGGGGUGGCAGCUGGUGGCAGAUCUCGGACCUACUGGGUUAUCUUGAAGUGGCAAGUCUCCACGCUCGAGCCUCUUGGUCAUCCAGGGUCCUACCUUCCUGUAUUGGCGGAGGUGCGGAUUGGUGAUAGGCUAACGUCAGAUCUCGUCAGAUGCAUAGCGAAUCCAGAGCAGUCAUCUUUUGACAGCCUCAAGUUGCAAUGGCAAAAUCCCAGUGGUGUCAUCUCCGUUCUCAGUAUCAUCGGCGGCGACGUCGUGCAGCAUGCCAUUUCACAGGCAGCACAGCUUCCAGGCAGCGGCCCAUCUUACUUCAACCCCGUUUCCUUUUCAUUUGGCUGGGUCGCCUACUUCUCAGCACCCUGGAAGGGUCCGGCCUCCUUGAGGCCUUCGACAUCUCUUCGCAAUAAUGGAGGGGGGGUUGUCAUUUCGAAGACUGCUCUGCUAUUUGUCGCUGUUGUAGGGAAGCUCGAGGAGAACUCUCAAAGUUUCGAAGACUGUCACGUCCUUGCAGCUCGCAAAAAUGUAGACUUCAUCAUUUCACCUGGAUCUGUAUCACACCGGUAUAUCUACGGACUGGUGGACCUCACCGCUGUUGAGCAGAAACAAGAAUUUCCCGACUUGGGCCAUCCUCUGCUAUUGAUGUCUUCUCCGCCACCCCCUUGCACGGAUACAAGACGAACAAGUAAUGCAAGCCCUCAGCCGUUGGCAGGCUACAUACGCUGA